AACCGACAAAAAAAAAAACUCUAAGAAGAAGAAAAAUCGUGUGAUUUGUUUUUGUUUUUCAUACGCGAAAAUGUGAUUAGUUUCUAACGUAAUGCUUGCUUAAAAUAAAUCUGGUAAUGGCCUGAAUUGCCCGAACGACGACAAGGAAAACCAGCCUUCUACUAAUGCCGACACCUUCCCCAGCUUUCCCUGUACCAGAGGAGCAGAGGUCAAGAUGCUGCUCAAGAUGCCCCAGAAGCUGCUGAAGACGGCACACUACAUCGAGCUGGGCAGCUACCAGCACUGGCCUGUGUUGAUACCCCAGAGGAUAAGACUGUACACCUACGAACAAAUCCCUCUCUUUCUCAAAGAAAACCCCUACAUCACGGAUGGCUACAGGGCUCACCUGCCAUCCAAACUCUGCCUGAGGAGUAUUUUUAUUCUGUCCAAUGAGACUGUGAAUAUCUGGAGUCACCUUUUGGGGUUCCUGCUCUUCUUCUCUCUGGGGGUCAACGACCUCUCGUCAGUAUUGCCUGCCUCUGGAGCGAAACGAGAGGACUACGUCAUCUAUGCUAUAGGACUGUUCUGCUUUCAGGUGUGUAUGUUAUGUUCUGUGGGGUAUCACCUGUUCGCCUGCCAUCGAUCAGAGAAGACGAGCCGUCGCUGGCUGGCAUUAGACUACGCGGGCAUUUCUGUUGGCAUCCUGGGCUGUUAUGUACCCGGUAUAUUCUACGCUUUCUACUGCAAUGCUUUUUGGCGACAGGUGUACCUGUUGACGGUGUUGUCCCUGAUCCUGGCCGUCUUCUGUGCACAGAUCCACCCUCGUUACCUCAGCAACGACUGGCGAAGGAUACGGAUGACAAUCUUUUGCUGUGUGGCUGGAAUAAGUGUGAUCCCUGCAUGCCAUUGGGUUUGGCUCAAUGGAGGAUUAUCCACUGAUGUUGUACAGCUGUUCCUGCCUCGUGUGAUUGUGAUGUAUCUGAUAGCUGGGUCUGCCUUCCUGUUCUAUGUCACCAAGAUUCCUGAGCGCUACUUCCCCGGCCAGCUGAACUAUCUGGGUGCCAGCCACCAGGUGUGGCACAUUCUGGUGGUGUUGAUGUUUUACUGGUGGCAUCAGACAGCUGUACACAUCAUGCAGUUCAGGCACAGCCAGGCCUGUCCGCUCCAGACCGGCAGCAACUAAGUGAAAAUGAUCAAACAGAGUAAUGGGAAGGCAAUCAUUUGGAGGCUAAUACAUGUAAGUGGACAUCAGUUAAAUCACUAUGUUAAUAUUUAAAUACACUUUUUAUCAGUUAGCUGCUGGGGAGAAGUGUCUACCUAAUGGUUUCAAACCACUAACUGUGAUGAUGUAGAUCUGAGAGUCUUACAGUAGCUAUCUUCAACCAGCUGACGGUUACCUCUUGGCUGCUUGACCAGCACUCACCCUGGCCAGCUGUUAUAGGCCAGUAUCUUUUCUAAGUCAGCUAAGAGUGGCUGGAAGCUUCUGUAAAUCUCAUAUUCUCUAAACAUAAGAUGAACUUAUUUCAGGGGAUAAAGAUCUGCUAAAUGAAAGCCCAUGGUGUAUCUAAAAUCAACUGUGAAACUCUCAAUAUUGCACCAUAACUUACUAUUAUGAACAAUGCAUGAAAAAGGAGUUUGUUUGUAUUAACCGACCAAGGUUUGUUGUUUUUAAAUGGUGAUCAUGUUAUCUCAUCAUGGUUUGUUUAGAUUGUCAUUUUAUGUACACAAGUAUUGAAAAAUUAUUAUGAAUUAUUUUGAAUCCAACAUAAUAACCUGUGUGACCAAUUACUUUUUCUUUGCGAUUUUGUUUCCUCCCUAAGCUAACACAAGAUUAGAUUGUAUACAUGACGGUGGAAACCACAGAACAAAGACAUUCAACCCUCAGACACUGUAAACUGUCCGUCUGAGGGACACACAAAUGACUUCUUUAAUUCAAACUACUGAACAAAUAGGCAAAUAUUUUUGUUAAAUGUAUUUUACAGGGACAGUGCAUAUUAAUAUACAUUUCUGUAAAUAUGUCAGAGUUAGCCAAAAGGAUCAUUUUCAUCCGUUGUCCCUGGCCAGAUUUUUAUAAAAAGAUCAAUCUGCGAUCAAUCUGCCUUAAAUACUAUAGCGUUCUAAAUAAAUGGGGGUCUCAGAUUACGGCUCCAGUGCAUAGUAGCUGUGCUGUGGGUGUCUUUGCCACAAAUGAGUUGUCAGUUUGAAGAAAACAAAAACAAUCUUAUAAUGACAGAUUCCAGUGGCCAAAUCCAUUAUGUUUGGGUGGCAGCAGACAACAUCUCAUCAGCCUAUAAAAUCCCAGAGCAGAAGAGAAAGUGUAAAUGUUUUACAGUCAGCACCUUGGCUAUAAUUGUCAUAAUAAGCCUAUUCAUUUAGACUUAGUCAACAGAACUGAACACAUCAUAAGACAGGUGAUUAAAAAAGCCUGACUCGUCCACUUUGGACUAAUCUUAUUGUUCUCUACUCCCCACACAUCAGCCUCCUGACGUCAUGGUACAUGACUGUCGCUCUCACUUAGAGCAACACAAUCUGAGUAUUCUGCAUUUCUCUGAUGCAGCUUUCAGAAGAGAAGAAAUGCAAACAUUAAUCUCUAGCAGAGGUUUAUUAUGAUAUAAUACAAUUCUGAAGUAAGUUCUAAAGUACUAAUUCCAAUUUGCCUUUUAGAGAACCAUCCCACAAUGUUGUGUUUAUAGUAGUUUAUUUUUUAAUCUAAAGGGGGAAAAAUGCCCCUUAUUGAUCUGCACUUGACAGAGAUGUCUGUCACAACUUUGAAACUAUGGUGAUAAAUGAAUUUGGCUUUUUUGAGCUUAAAGAAUAAAGAAUGGCAUGAUCUGCUUAUUAGAAAGAAAUCUUCAUGGCUGGAUAUGCUUGGGUGGAAGGGAAAAUGGUAUUAUAAUUGAGUUGGUUUUGGUAGGCGGUAGUAUUUGGGUUUUGGGACAGUCGCAUGCCAUGUGAGCAAUACGGUUUUUUUUUUUCCUCCGAUAUCUGCUGAACGGGUUUUAAAGUCUGCUGUAGUUGUACAGCUUUGUUUUUAGACAAUUCUGUUUAUAAUUUUUCAAUUUCUGUUUGCACUUGAUUUGCCUUACAUCUCAGAGUAUUUUUGAUGUUUACACACUUACUGUUACAAUCAGUUUUUGGUCAGGAUACAAACAUACUCCAUAAAAAAAAGAUACAUGAUUGAUAUCAUCUUUGCUCUUUUUUUCCACAAGGCCAGUAUGGUAUAUUUGUAGCACAUUUAAUGUUUGAAAAAAAAAAAGAAUUUGAGUUGAGAUGAUUAACUGCGACAUCCUGCAGAGCUGUAACAAGCUCUCGUGAGGUGUGGAAUGAGAUGACUUAAUUCUGCCUUUUUUUGAAAAGUGUUUUUGUCAUUGAACAAAAAACUUGACCCUUUGAGUAUCAUGACCUGCUUGUUGUUUUUCUGGAAUGAUCUCUUGAUUGUUUUGUCCCGUGUAUGUGUGUUUUUCUUGAAUAUCAAUUAUACCAUGAAACACAAGCACUGACAAGAUUUGAAAUAUUUAUUUUAGUGCCUAUGUGGAAAUAUAUUUUUAAACCUUUUGAAUGAAUAAAGAAUGCUGGAGAGUA